AGGUCUCGGAACCAUUCGGGCUGCCAGAUCCCCAGUGCCCCCUGGUGGCCCCUGACUCAGAAUCCCAAGGGUGAAGGGGCCACAGCGCUGAGAGACGCCGACCACCAGACCACCGGUACCGGGCGGUGCCUAUCCAUCCCUCCUCGGCGGCCUUGACCUCCCCGCUUCUCACAUUUUCAGCCUUCUGGUCUAGUCCUGACUUUAUCAAAAGUUAUUUGUUGCUGAAAGAGAGGAAGCCUGCAUUUAGGAGUAGUGAAAGCUGAGAUCAUCCGAGGACUGGGGGAGCCUCUGUGCGCGGGAGACCUCGUGGCCCAGUGCGUGGUCUGCAGAAAACCGUUUUGGUUCUUGCUCUCAGACUUGGGUAGAUAACAGGUGACUGAGACGUUAGGAGACCAGGGACACCAAGUAUUGGAGGACCUUGAGGCCGGUCUGAGCCGGACCACAGUGGACAGAAAACAUCUUCAGCUGUCUUACCUCGAACAUUUGAAUUUUUCUGAUGUGGCCAAAACUCCCCCAAGUGUACCUCCAGGAUUCUUUUCAGAGCAGAUUCAUCAGGAUGAGCCUCCCGGCCCCACCCAGACUCGUGGAUCUGGCAGGUCAGAGCCUGCUGAAGGACCAGGCCUUGGCCAUCGCUGCUCUGGAGGUGCUGCCCAUGGAGCUCUUCCCACCGCUGUUCACAGCGGCCUUCGCUGGGAGGUACAGUGAGACCCUGAAGGCGAUGGUGCAGGCCUGGCCCUUUGCCUGCCUUCCUCUGGGGGCCCUGAUGAAGGAGCAGCAGCCUCACCAGGAGAUCUUUCAAGCUGCACUGGAUGGACUCGACGUCCUGCUUGCCCAGGAGCCUCGGCCCAGGAGGUGGAAACUUCAGGUGCUGGAUUUACGGAAGAAUGCUCAUCAGGACUUCUGGACUGUGUGGUCUGGGACCAGGGCCAGUAUAUACUCCCUGUUGGAGCCAGAGGUGGCCCAGCCCGUGAAGAAGAGGCAAAAAGUAGGUAGUUGCAGGCCAGGGCCCAAGCAGACCUUGGCUCCUGUGGAGGUGCUUAUCGAUCUUUGCCUCAAAGAAGGCACCCCCGAUGAGUCUCUCGCCUACCUCAUCCGGAAAGUCAAGCAGGGCAAAGGUCUGCUGCACCUGUGCUGUAAGAAGCUGAAGAUUUUCGCCAUGCCGAUGCAGAACAUUAAGAUCCUGAAAAUGGUGCAGCUGGACUCUAUCCAGGAUUUAGAAGUGAAUUGUACCUGGAAACUGUCCACCCUGGGGAAGUUUGCUCCUCACCUGGGUCAGAUGGGCAAUCUGCGUAGGCUCCUCCUCUCCCACAUUCACAUGUCUGCCCACUCCACCCCCACGAAGGAGGAACAGUGUGUCAGCCAGUUCACCUCUCAGUUCCUCAGGCUGCACUACCUUGAGGAGCUCUAUUUGGACUCUAUCUCCUUCCUUAAGGACCGCCUGGACCAAGUGCUCAGCUGCCUGAAGACCCCCUUGGAGACCCUGUCAAUAACUAACUGCCUGCUUUCGGAAUCAGACUUGACGCAUCUGUCCCAGCACCUGAACGUCAGUCAGCUGAAGGACCUGGGUCUCAGUGGGGUCAACCUGACCUGUAUGAGUGCCGGGCCCCUCCAAGUUCUGAUAGAGAGAGCCUCUGCCACCCUCCAGGACCUGGACUUAGAUGAGUGUGGGAUCAUGGACUCCCAGUUCAGUGCCAUCCUGCCUGCCCUGAGCCACUGCUCGCAGCUCAUGACUUUCAGUUUCUGUGGAAACCCCAUCUCCAUGGCUGUCCUGGAGGACCUGCUUCACCACACCGUCGGGCUGAGCAAGCUGAGUCACGUGCUGUAUCCCGCCCCCCUGGAGAGUUACGAGGAUGUCCGUGGCACCCUCCACCUGGGCAGGCUUGCCCACCUGCAUGCCAGGCUGAAGCAGAUGCUGCAGGAGCUGGGGCGGCCUGGCAUGGUCUGGUUCAGUGCCAACCCCUGUCCUCAUUGUGGCGAUAGGACCUUCUAUGACCCGGAGCCCAUUCUCUGCCCCUGUUACAUGCCUGUGUAGCUGGAUGCGUGUAUCCCAGGCCUCGUUCUGGGCACUUGGAUGCUGAAGCCCAGGCGUAAGUGUUUCUUGACGGAACACAGAAGCCACAGUUUGAGACACCUGCCCAAUGUGAGCAGCGAAAGGAAAGGUGAUCGGGGAGGGGGGGAUGUUGACCUGGGAGUUAAUGGGAUCUUCGGGGAGACGCAUUUAGAGCAUUAGAAGUAUGAAUCUGAAUUUCCAGAGGGAGAUUUCGAGUUUGGGAGGUAGAUGUGGGAGUUAUCCCUCAAUGGAUGGUUGUAAAGCAGUGGUCAGAAAUAAAGAGCCUCAAUGUCAA